GACCGACCGCUUCUUCCCCAAUCGCUCAGCAGCCGGGGAGAGGCGAAGGGCAAAGGAACAGCAAUCAUGGAGCAGUUGUAGGGGAUAAUGGACAAGACUCUCCUUCCGGAAGAAAGCAAAGAAACUAAAGCUACUUGACCGAAAACGUAAUUCCCAAAGCGGCAACGAGAAACACAAGAGUAUCAAUCAUGCAGUUCAAAUACAGAAUAAUCGAAUAAUCUAUUCCAACGAAAGGGUUCUCUGUGAUCCUUCAAGGUUGGAACCGCUUCAAGCCGUCCCGUCCCCACAUUGUACGUCGCUGGCGCAUCGGCCGCGGUUGAUCGAUCACCAUCGUCCAUAGUAUGUCCGUGGAGGACCAGCGCUAUUCCGACGCGAUGCGGGUGCUAGAGGCCGGACCGGAGUGGCUACGAGCCGAGAUCGAGCGCCUUUCCCGGGAGCUGAGUGAGACUACCCAUGAGAAGAUCCAGGCGGCAGAGUACGGGCUGGCGGUGCUGGAGGAGAAGCAGCAGCUGAAACAGCAGUAUGACGACCUGGAGAUCGAAUACGAGACCGUGCGCCAGGAACUGGACAUGCUCAAAGAGGCGUUUGGACAAGUCUACUCCAACCAUAAGAAGGUGGCUGCAGACGGGGAGAGCAGGGAGGAGUCUCUGAUCCAGGAGGCGGUGUGUAAGGAGGCCUAUUACGAGCAGCGGGUCCUGGAGCUGCAGACGGAGCUCCGCCAGGCCCGUAAUGUCCUCACCAACACCCAGUCAGAGAACGAACGCCUGGCCUCCAUCACCCAGGAGAUGAGAGAGAACAUCCAAGUGGUGGAGCUGCAGCGGACCCGUCUGCGUGAUGACAUCAAAGAGUAUAAGUUCCGGGAGGCACGUCUGCUGCAGGACUACACAGAGCUGGAGGAGGAGAACAUCUCCUUUCAGAAACAGGUUUCCGGGCUCAAACAGACCCAGGUGGAGUUUGAGGGUCUGAAGCACGAGAUUCGUCGUCUGGAGGAAGACACCCAGUUCCUGAACAGCCAAUUGGAGGACGCCAUCCGCCUGAAGGAGAUUGCCGAGCGACAGCUAGGGGAAGCCCUGGAGACCAUCAAGACUGAGUGCGAGCAGAAGGCCGCCCUAAGGAAAGAGCUCUCCCACUACAUGAGCAUAGGCGACUCUAUGUACCACAGCCCCCUCAGCAUCUCUCUGGAUGGGCUCAAGUUCAGUGAUGACGCAGGCACGGAACCCAACAACGACGAGGCUCUCCAGGGUUACGAGAAUGGCUUCAGCAAGCUUGCCAACGCCAUCACUGAGGACAACCGUGCGUCCACGCCCAAGAAGGGUGACCUGUUCCGCCCCGUCCCCAGCCUGGUAGACGACCUGCUGAGUGAACUCAACAUCUCUGAGAUCCAGAAACUCAAACAGCAGCUUCUGCAGAUGGAGCGUGAGAAGGUGUCUCUGGUGUCCACGCUGCAGGACUCCCAGAAGCAGUUGGAGCAGGCCCACGGGGCCCUGGAGGAGCACCAGGACAAGGUCAGCCGUCUCACCGAGAACCUCAACGCCAUCCGGAGGCUACAGGCCAGCAAGGAGCGCCAGUCAGCACUGGACAAUGAGAAGGAGCGCGACAGCAACGAGGACGGGGACUACUACGAGGUGGACAUCAACGGACCCGAGAUCCUGGAAUGCAAGUACAAGGUUGCGGUGUCGGAGGCAGGUGAGCUAAAGGAGGAGCUGAAAACACUGAAGGCAGAGUACCACUCCUGUCAGUCACACUAUGAGGAGGAGCGAGGCCGUCUGGAGACUCAUGUCACAGCCCUUGGAGAGAAGCUGGCCUCUCUGGAGAAGACCAGCCACGUGGAGAGAGAGGAGAAGGCCAGGCUGGAGAAGGCGCUGCGCAAGGUGAGUGACGUGGCAGGCGAGUCCCAGGGCAGCCUGAGCGUAGCGCAGGACGAGCUGGUCACCUUCAGCGAGGAGCUGGCCACACUCUACAACCACGUGUGCAUGUGCAACAACCAGACUCCCAACCGCGUCAUGCUCGACUUCUACAAGCAGGGCAAGGGCGGGCGCACCAGCCCUGAGGGUCGCGGCCACCGCUCCCCCAUACUGCUCACUAAGGGCCUGUUCCCCGUCCCCGAAGCUGCCGACAGCACCCCGUCCCCUGUCUCCUCUCCCCCCUCGCCCCGGGAACCAAUGAACGUGUACAACCUGGUGGCCAUCAUCCGGGACCAGAUCAAGCACCUCCAGCUGGCGGUGGACCGCACCACAGAGCUGUCCCGUCAGAGGAUGGCCUCUCUGGAGCUAGGCACAGUGGCUGAUAAGGACAAGGAGGCCUGCAUGGGGGAAAUUCUCAAACUCAAGUCCCUCCUCAGCACCAAGAGGGAGCAGAUCGCCACCCUGAGGACCGUGCUCAAAGCCAACAAACAGACUGCUGAGGUGGCGCUGGCCAACCUGAAGAGUAAGUAUGAGAAUGAGAAGGCCAUGGUGACGGAAACCAUGAUGAAGCUGAGGAACGAACUCAAGGCCCUGAAGGAGGACGCCGCCACCUUCUCCUCACUCAGGGCCAUGUUUGCCACACGCUGUGAUGAGUAUGUGACUCAGCUGGAUGAGAUGCAGAGACAGCUGUCUGCGGCGGAGGAUGAGAAGAAGACCCUGAACUCCCUGCUCCGUAUGGCCAUCCAGCAGAAGCUGGCCCUGACCCAGCGCCUGGAGGACCUGGAGUUUGACACCGAGCAGACCCGCCGCGGAGGCAAACCAAAAGCCAAAACCACUAACGGCAGAACCACUAACGGGCAGAUCAACGCCGCCAACAACCCACGCAUUAGUCACGGCCUCACCUGUGCCGGGAUCGGCCGCCCCAACGAGCUCAACGCCAUGCCCAACUGCAUCCGUGGAGGCCCUGUGGUCUUCUGCAGCGAGAAGUACAAGAUCUACUGCGACUGAAGCGGCUGCGUUGUCAGCACGGGACUGCUGUGUACAGAGGGGAGGAGCCCGAGGCUCUCCCCUGCAUUAAUGUUAAAGAGCCCCACUAUGCUCGCUUAGCUCCCUGCCUGCCCAGCCUGUAGCCACAUAGGGCCUGGUGUGUGUCUAACCUACAGUACAUAAGUAUGCCCAUGGCCACGUAUAGCCACUCACGUCUGCUAGUGUAAAUGUUUAGGGGAAUGCAGAUGUGCAUGUACAGUACAGUGUGCACUAGAAGUUUGGGACUGUUGUAGACAUAAUGUAUAGCAUGUGGAUAGGGUCUCAACCGGCUGCCGGUAGGCUUCUGUGGAUAUUAUGGGGUGCUGCACUUACGAUGAUGUUAAAGGUGGCAGCAUUUGUGCUUAGUGUGUUCUGAACCCCCUGAGUGUGUUGCCUGGUAACUGUAAUGCACUUAGGGGGUGGGGACUUGGGAAGAGGGUGUCACUAAGGGGUCAUGUGACUGAAGCUGACAUCCUCUCCUUGUGUUGCUCGUCUGUUGGCGUUGGUGCUCCUUCGAUAAAGCCUCCCAUCCUCCUCUCUCCUGGCCCCCCAGGACUGAGCCAGCCCAGCAACCCGCUGACCAAUCAGGUCACUCUUUAAUGUUUACAUAAACAAAUGAAACAAAACAAUAUGCAAACUCCCCAUGCUGUUGCUUAGGGGAGUCCAGUGUGAUUUGCUGGGUUUUCUAACUGAAUUUCAAAACUCUCAAAGCGGGUUGGCUGAUGAUUAGUGAUGUCGGAGGUGGGUGGUAAAGGAGCACCUAAGACCACAGGUGUUUAAUUUCAGGAUUAAUUCAGAUCAAUCGCAUGGCAUUGCAGCUGAGAAUGCUACUGAGCUUUUAACUGUUUUUUCUAUGUAAAAAGGUGUGUGGCACAGCACAAGCUAUGUACUACAGGGCUGUACAUUUUAACCAGAGCAGUUAUUUAGCGUCUGCUGAAAGAAAUGGAGGGCUAUUCCAUGUGACCCAGUAUAUGUCAUAUUGGUGUUCUUUCAGAGCCAUAUUACUAGAGAACGAAAGCAAGACGAAACGAUCUCUACACCUAAAUUAAGUGCACUUCAGAAUAGGUGCCUCAGGUUCUAACUUCUAUUAGAAAAGGAUAAAAUAACUGUGAACAGAUACAAUAUAGUUUUGAUUGAUGGUGAUUUUUGUAACAUCAGUAAAGAUCCUAAAAAAAGCACAAAAAUCAAUGGCACCCAGAUCCGGAUCAUAAUUCUGCAAACAAAACUGACAACCUUCAGCAAAGUGCCUGUCGACCCAAGCACUUGAUAUCAACUAUAUCUAUCUAUCGAUGUAAAGCCCCGUCUUUGUGUCUAUCACCCUGAUGCUCAUCUCUCCCUCUAUCUCCUUUCCCUCUCUUUUUGGAGGCCCUUUUGAGCUCUCAAAUGAACUAUGUGUGGUUAUGUGGCUGAAAACCCUGUCCUCCUCCUCAUGACUCUAACCUGUGUCUCGUCACUUGGUUGUCAUGACAACCCCUCUCUCUCUCUUUUAGAUUGUCAGCAGCUUGCUCGCCCUGAAACGCCACUCCCCCUUUAAGUCGAGAGGGGGAUUUGUGUGUGUGGGGGGGGGGGGGGGGGGGGGGGGGACUCUGAAUAUCAUCAGGUAACGUCCUCACGCGUAUGCGUGUUCUGAACCCUGCGUGUGUCUGUGUGUCUGUCUGUGUGUGUGUCUGUGUGAGUGAGAGUGAUCUCAGUGAUCUGUAUGUGUAUGUUGUUGUCUGAAAAUAUUAUAAAUGGAGGGUCGUUCAUUUCUGAGAUGCUGUUUGUAUGCAAGAGGACAAACCAAUAUACUGUCUUCAUUACCCCCCAAAAAAGCUUUAAACCUUGCAAGCUUGUGCCAGGCAGAUAAAAAUAAAUGUGGGGCUUGUGUUAGAUAAAUCCACGUUUUACAUAACCACACAUUGUUAGCUUUAUGAUGCUAAAAGCAGGGUUGAUACCAGGAAAUCCUUGAAGAUUCAUCAAAUUAUGCUUUUUCUACCAGUAACAUAUAAAAAACGAUAUAUUCUUAAUGAUAUGAUUGUAAUCAGGUUAGAAUCUUCUAGGAUCCUCCUAGGCCCCCUCUCUCUGGAAUAGAGAGGGAGAGCUGUCAUUCCUCAGAACGAGGGACAUCCCCAACCCUGCUUGAGUUGAGUAUGUGCUGUGCUGCCCUACGAGGCCUUUAGACACACAACACAGUAUGGAGACUGUGUUCACAUCAUUCAUACACCUCCACUGAGUGAAAAUCACUCUUCGGUUAUUGUUCCACUUAAGUGACAGCGAUAGAUUCACUCUUUGUUUAUAUCAGUUUGCGCUGAGUGUAGAGACUAGGAGAGAACAGAGGACUAAUAAUAGUGUUUAAACGAUGCUGAUCAUGAAUUUGAUUCUGUGUUUGGAGACAUGGGUUCCAGGGUUAUUUGAGGUGCUCUAAACCCUUGGUGAUUCAAAAAAAUGAUACAUUUUGUUUAACUACUUUGUCUCUAACUGUGGAAUCUUACCAGUGGACAUUGAUUCAAAUUAGUUGACCCUCUAUCCCCCUUUCCUUGUUUCGGCUCUAAGGAUUCACUGAGCAAUAGAUAGAUUUAAUAAUCCAGGAUGUGAUUGUGACUAGAGAGACCCCCCCCCCCCCCCCCCCCCCAGUUCUCUUGGUCUAGUUUGAGAUCAAUGUCCGUUUAUCUGGUGUCAUCAAUAGAAUGCCACCAGAAUAAACUCCUCCUACCUCUGUCUGCAGGCUCUGCCCACAUCAAUGUUGAGUUCUCUCACACGCUCUUAAUUAGAUUUUUGAUUGGUUGAGAGCCUGCAUGCAACAAAUAAAAAACAUGCCCGUUCUCAUUAACCUGCAUGCCAUUGGGGGGGGGGUCUGUGUUUUGGAGGUGUCAAAGGUCAUAGUACUUGUGAGGUCAUCGGCUUCUCGCACUUGCUGGUCUUCCUCAGGCAAUAGUGCUUUUACAUCAGCUCCUCUAGAACAUAUUGACAUGAUGUUGAUAACUAACCCAGUUUGCACCUACCUGUAGUUAGUAGCAACUAUAACUAACCCAGUUUGCACCUACCUGUAGUUAGUAGCAACUAUAACUAACCCAGUUUGCACCUACCUGUAGUUAGUAGCAACUAUAACUAACCCAGUUUGCACCUACCUGUAGUUAGUAGCAACUAUAACUAACCCAGUUUGCACCUACCUGUAGUUAGUAGCAACUAUAACUAACUGGGGCUUCGGCGUUCAUCUUUUUACUCUUUCUUAUUUCGUGUUUUUGAUUGGACUGGCAUCAUUACUGACCAAGUCUAAAUUGACCAAUAAUGCACAUUUUUCUGAUUUCUAUGUUUCUUCAUUUUGUAUUAAUUUAAUUCUGCCCGGAUGAGGAUCCUCAAACUCAGGAUCCUCUAACACUGCCGACGUCACAUUCAGUGUUCCUGAAAUCAGCUAGCCCUAGAGGCCAAAAUUGUAAAACCCGACCAAACAAAAUCUCUUAUAUGAAUAUGAAAUAUUCCUCCAAGUUGCCCUUUAACUCACUAUAUAGCAUGAUCUAUAUGUCCUCUAUGGCCUCUAUAACCUAUAUGACCUCUAACCUCUAUGUCCUAUGUGUGGGAAUGAAAAGGUAUUUCACAUUUCCCAGUGCUGCUGCCGGAAGACGAUGCUCACAAGUACAGUGAACUCUGCCCUCCUAGUAAAAUGAUGAUCAGAGUUUGUGAUUAUUUGAGGUAUCCCUCCCAUGAGAAGCCAGGGGAGUCGGGGUCUUUCCUCAAUGUAAAUCAACAAACCGUUUUGAUCUUUUUAUUUUUUUAUAUAUCUUUUUUUCUUUAACCUGUGCACUUUUAUUAUAGUAUUAUAACUUUAUAUUAUUAACCUAGGAAAGGUUUAGUGCUAUGGUUUGAGUUAUUUAGUCAAGUAUACACAUAUAGGAAUAUAUUUCCUCCUAUAUGUUGUCUCUUUGUAUCAUCCAUAGAGACCAUUUACUCUCCUAAAGCCACACCGCAAACCACAGUCCUACUGUUAAGAUUCUGAGAAUUUGUCCAACUGAAUAAGCAUCCUUUUAUUGUUAUGUCUCAUAUUAUUAUUAUGCUGAUGGUUUGAUUUUAUGUUUGUUCUGCUGCCAUGUUCUAAACGAAAUCCAGGGUGAGCUAAUUCUGGGGUUUUCAUGUAUUUAUUAUUCCUAGGAAUAGUUCAAAGAUAACGCAGAGAAACUUGACGACACUCUGAUUCCAAAAAUGGUAAGAAGUUAUUGGGGGAAGAAAUGGAGUGACAAAAUUAUUUUGGUUUUUCCAGCUUCUUACCAGGGUGUCACACUGAUAAGGGAUCACUGGCUCACAGAAUUCUCUGCAAGUGCAACGAUUAAAUUCCAAAUUGGAAUUGUUUCAUUCUCUCUUUGUUUAUCGUGCCAAAUCUUGGUACAUCAUUUAGGUUUGAAAAGAAUGAAGAAUCAGAAAGAAAGACAAGCCGUACAUCAGUGGGAAAGGUAUAGUUUGGGGCCGUGGCUUUCUGUCCUAAAGCUGCCCAGGAUUUGUUUUGGGUCUGUUUUGUUCUUCGUUCUGACCAGUCGUGCCUUUCAUUGUUUCAAGGGAGAAUCGUAGACUAGUGUUUUUUGUUCGUUUUUUAGGUGUGGAGGUUUGGGUUUAAACCGACUUUGUGAGCAGCAAUAAAUGCAAAGAUGAGCCCUUUUUGCAGGGGUGAGAUGAUAGUUUUCAAAUUAGCUCAAUUCAAUUGAUAUUGUGUUGAAUUCUGCAGGUCAGUGAUCCUAACAGAAAAUUCAGGGGUAUUGAGAAUUUUUUUUUUUUUUUAUCAAACUGGGAACCAAAAUAAAUCCCUUUGGCCUCCUAUUGAACAAAAUGUUACAAACACCACUACUGUGUUCUGGGUAGAUCAGUGUUCUAUUGAAACAUCUAGGUGAUCUCGAACUUUGUUUGGUUAAGGUAAUGUGCUAUCAAUAGUAUUGUUGGCAAAUGUGCAGGGAGCGCAUUUUGUCGUUUGUUUGUCCAUUUUGAGUUUUUAAAUCUUAUUUUUUAUUCUUGAAUCUUUUUUUUACAUCUUAUUCAAGCGUUGUGAUUUCAGGAAACAGAAAACAGAUUUUGCAUCAACAAGCUUGAAUUGUGCCAUUAUUGCCAAUGCUUGUUUGUUGAGGCGUAAAAAGUUAUCAAUACGGUUGGGAAGCAAAAACAAAAGAAGAAAAUAAAGUGCCAUUUUAAUGCUGUUUUACAAGGAAAAUAAACGUUUUCUGUUUGCUGGAAGCAAUAGCACUGUGAUAAUACACUAGCUGUGUAAACUUUAUAUUGUCAUAUUGUGUUUCAGUAUUGAUCCAUAUUGAGUUUGAUACCUUUAUAUGAAAUAACAACUUCAUCUGUAUGUUGGUAUGUAUUUGAAUUGUUAUGCAGUAUGGUAUUCUUCUCAAUAAUGUGCAUUAUGAUUAGUGGCAUAUUCAUUACAAUUUAAUGUCAUAUGCAUGUUCAUCAGUCAUGGGAACCUUUACACAGAAUCGAAAACAAACCUAUAACUUUGAAGAUGUUGAAAAAGUGAAAAAAUGAAAUGAUGAAAUAACUGAGUUUAGUCUAAUGUAAUACUGCUGAACUAAUCCUAUGAAGUUUUGUUUUCCUAUAGAGAAGUGGUAUGUCUGUGUAAAGGUAGUCAUACUGGAUAAAGACAAUAAAUGUGACUAAAAAGA